CUGGUGCUGUGAUCCAGGGCCUCCAGGCUAGGGGCCCACCCAUGCUCGCAGGCGGGGCUGCCUUCUUGCCAAAGCUUCAGAUCUCAGGCUUUGAUCCUCAACAUGCUUGAAGAACAUCAACUCUAAUAUUAGCUUCACUCUUGCUCCCGCGGACCACGGCGCUCAAAGGGGCGCGGAGAGCUUAGUGGAGCACCGGCCCGCCGUCGCGGCACCUUCUUCACCCUUCUCUCUCCAGCCAUGAGGCUCCCUAGUGGGCCUCCCUCGUCCCUCCUCUUCCUCCUACUCCAGGCGCAGGUUUGCUGGUUGCCCUGCGUGGCCUCCGAGCCGUGCGGGGCGGGCUUCGAGGAGGCUGAAGUGACCGUGGAGGCGGGAGGUGUGGAGCUGGAACCAGGCCAGGAGCCUGGGAAAGUAGUUUUCACGGGCUGCCCUGGGCAAGACUCGGCCCUGCUUAGCUCUGAGGAUGACUUCACUGUGCCGAACCACGGAGCAGUUCAGGAAAGGAAGACAUUGAAGCUCUCCCCAUCCAAACGUAUCUUACGAAGACACAAGAGAGAAUGGGUGGUCCCGCCAAUAUCUGUUCCUGAGAAUGGCAAGGGUCCCUUCCCCCAGAAGCUGAAUCAGCUCAAAUCUAAUAAGGACAGAGGCACUAAGAUUUUCUACAGCAUCACGGGGCCUGGGGCAGACAGCCCCCCUGAGGGUGUCUUCUCCAUAGAGAAGGAGACAGGCUGGUUGUUGUUGAAUAAGCCACUGGACCGGGAGAAGAUUGCCAAGUAUGAGCUCUUUGGCCACGCUGUGUCAGAGAACGGUGCCUCAGUGGAAGAGCCCAUGAACAUCUCCAUCAUCGUGACAGACCAGAAUGACCACAAGCCCAAGUUUACCCAGGAUGUCUUCAGAGGGAGCGUCUUGGAGGGGGUACUACCUGGUACUUCUGUGAUGCAGGUGACAGCCACAGAUGAGGACGAUGCCAUCAACACCUACAAUGGGGUGGUCGCUUACUCCAUCCAUAGCCAAGAGCCAAAGGACCCACACGACCUCAUGUUCACCGUCCACCGGAGCACGGGCACCAUCAGUGUCAUCUCCAGUGGCCUCGACCGGGAGAGAGUCCCUGAGUACACCCUGACCAUCCAGGCGACAGACAUGGACGGGGACGGCUCCACCACCACGGCAGUGGCCAUAGUGGAGAUCCUCGAUGCCAAUGACAAUGCUCCCGUGUUUCAUCCCCAGAAGUACGAGGCCCAUGUGCCUGAGAACGCGGUGGGCCACGAGGUGCAGAGGCUGACGGUGACCGAUCUGGAUGCCCCCAACUCACCAGCAUGGCGCGCCGUCUACCACAUCUUGGAAGGUGACGAUGGGGACCAUUUUAUCAUCACCACCCACCCCGAGAGCAACCAGGGUAUCCUGACAACCAGGAAGAGCUUGGAUUUUGAGGCCAAAAGCCAGCACACCUUGUAUGUCGAAGUGACCAACGAGACUCCCUUUGUGGUGAAACUCCCAACCUCCACGGCCACCAUAGUGAUCCACGUGGAGGAUGUGAAUGAGGCACCUGUGUUCGUCCCACCCUCCAAAGUCAUCGAGGUCCAGGAGGACAUCUCCAUCGGGGAGUCUGUCUGUACCUACACUGCACAGGACCCUGACAAGGGGAGUCAGAAGAUCAGCUACCACAUUCUGAGAGACCCAGCAGGGUGGCUAGCAAUGGACCCAGACAGUGGGCAGGUCACUGCUGCAGGGGUCUUGGACCGCGAGAAUGAGUGGUUUGUGAAGAACAACAUCUACGAAGUCAUGGUCUUGGCCACGGAUGAUGGGAGCCCUCCCACCACUGGCACGGGGACCCUCCUGCUAACACUUCUGGAUGUCAACGACCAUGGCCCGGUCCCCGAGCCCCGACAGAUCACCAUCUGCAACCAAAGCCCUGUGCCCCAAAUACUGAACAUCACAGACAAGGACCUGUCCCCCCACACCUCCCCUUUCCGGGCCCAUCUCACACAUGACUCGGACAUCUACUGGACGGCAGAGGUCAAUGAGAAAGGAGACACAGUGGCCUUGUCCCUGAAGAAGUUUCUGAAGCAAGACACAUAUGAUGUGCACCUUUCUCUGUCCGACCAUGGCAACAAGGAGCAGCUGACAGUGAUCAGGGCCACCGUGUGUGACUGCCAUGGCCACGUGGAGAAAUGCCCCGAACCCUGGAAGGGGGGUUUCCUCCUCCCCAUCCUGGGGGCUGUCUUGGCUCUGCUGCUCCUCCUGCUGGUGCUCCUCUUGUUGGUGAGAAAAAAGCGGAAGAUCAAGGAGCCCCUUCUGCUCCCAGAAGAUGACACCCGUGACAACGUCUUCUACUAUGGUGAAGAGGGAGGUGGCGAGGAGGACCAGGACUACGACAUCACCCAACUCCACCGGGGUCUGGAGGCCCGGCCUGAGGUGAUUCUCCGCAACGAUGUGGCACCUACCUUCAUCCCCACACCCAUGUACCGUCCACGUCCAGCCAACCCCGAUGAAAUCGGCAACUUCAUCAUCGAGAACCUGAAGGCGGCUAACACGGACCCCACGGCCCCGCCCUACGACUCUCUGUUGGUGUUCGACUACGAGGGCAGUGGCUCCGACGCCGCCUCCCUGAGCUCCCUCACCUCCUCGGCCUCGGACCAGGACCAAGACUAUGACUAUCUGAACGAGUGGGGCAGCCGCUUCAAGAAGCUGGCGGACAUGUACGGUGGUGGCCAGGACGACUAGGCCUCCCUGCCAGCAGGCCAGGGACUAAACGUCAGGCCGCAGCUGCAUCUCCAGGGGUCUCAGUCCCCACCGCGGCCAAGGACUCUGGAACGUGUUGAGAAGUGGCCUUAGUGACUUGGAGGGAAGAGGCCUCGAGGCUGACAUUAUUAUGGGGGUUGGUUUCUAAGCCUUUGAGAAUGGAGGCACACGGGCAGUUUGCCCUCAGCACUGACCACCUCUCGGCCUAGGCCGGGGUGGCCUCGGAGGCGAAUUUCCGGGAGCCUCUCCCCUGCCGUAAAAUGCUCAGCCCUGUGUCCUGGGCCUGGACUGCCUCUGAUGCCCCCGUGAUGACCUUCUUUCUGGAAUGGACCCUUCUCCUUAGAAAGAGGCCUCUCAUUGCAACCUGGAUUUUUUUUUUUUUAAUGCUAUUUUCAAAAAGUUAGAGGUGGGUCCUCAGCCAUCCCCUGGAGUCCUCCAGAAGCCCAGGCCAGAGCUGCUUGGCUCGCUGCAUUUCUCUCUGAUCUCCGGGCCCCGAGGCCUCCUGUUUGAGUGGAUCACUGCGUUUUUAUACUGAGUGCGUCUAGGUUGUCCUUUAUUUUUUAUUUUCCCUAUCGAGUGCUGUAGAUGAAGGGUGAUGACAAUCGUGUAAAUGUACUAGAACUUUUUUAUUAAAGGAACUUUUCCCAGA